GUUUCCGGAGCGAAAUUGCACGCCGCCGUUGCAUAAAUCUUGCAGUUUGAAGGUGCAGAAAUCUAUCAAACAAUGGACAUCAGAGGAUUGACUUAUGUGCUGUUAUCCUGCAUUGUGAACGUGAGUUACCACAAGUGCGUAUCGAAAAGAUACGUUUCAAGUUUCGAAUAAUAGUUACUUUGCCUGCGGUCGAACUGCUACAGUUUCUGGCAAUAACUCCGUAAUAUGUGAUUAAAUUCAGUGACCCCCCCCCCUUAAUGAUUGCAUACAAACAUUUUAAAUAGAAAAGUGUGAGCUUUAAUGUACUUGCGUGCACUAUCGAAGGACAAAGUUACUUGGCAAUGAGAGGGCAGAUGCUGAACGUAGAACAACUGCUCCUUUCAAAACCUGUCAGCAUCCCCCAGGCUUGUUCUCUGAAUCAAUGGAGAGAUUGAAAAAAAAAGUAUGAAAUAGAAAUGCGAUAUUUAUACCGGCGUCAAGAUGAAAACUAGAGAAAUUUGGAAGCUGUUUCCUCCGGCUUGUCACAGUUCUACACAAUAGCUGAGCUGUCCGAGCCACAGGAAAUGGCGGGGUUACCGUUGAUUAUUAGGGGAAAAACAAGCGUUAAUCUCUCGUAUUGGAGAUAAUGGGAACUGCAGAUGCUGGAGAAUCCGAGAUAGCAAAGUGUGGAGCUGGAUGAACACAGCAGGUGUCCUCGGCAAGCGGGGAUUUCACCAUGACGAUUUUCACCGCGACCUCCAGGAGUAUUUCAGCUGGUUGGAGUAGAUAUGUCGGAGCACAUUCGUACAGGGUUUCUGCUACCUCUGUGGCAGUCGUGGGGCGGCCAGCGUUUGUUAUUUUCAACAAUCGAUUUGCUCUCGGUACAAUCACCUCCUUGUUACCGGCAACUUUGUACAACAUCAAAGUAGAGGUUCUUGACGGCAACGGUAAUGUAUUGGCCGAGGAUCAAAUACAACAGAUCACAACUCCUGAUAUUCCUUUAAAUAUAAAGGCUUAUUCAAAGACUAGUAGUAGCAUUACUGUGAAUUGGUCCGCUGUUCCCAAAGCCACUGGCUACGUCUUGAAAGCAAAAUCUGGCCGUUCAGUUGUUGAAACUGUUGUGACUGAUUCAUCUGGGACCCUAACAGGGUUACAGCCAUAUACUUUAUAUACCAUCUCUGUACAAUCUUCUAACGCUGGAGGAAACAGUCAGCCAUCAGUGCCUGUAGAAACAAGAACAGUCUUAGCUGCUCCUGUUAUCCAUUCUUCAUCACCGAAUUUCAAAACAAUCACUAUCAAUUUGGAGCCUGUGUCGCAAGCAGUGAAAUACAGCUUCAUUAUCAUCAGGUCAGAUGCAGUGGGCAACAAGAUCAAAAAGACCAUAACCUUCACCAACGUAACAUUCACUGACCUGGAGCCAGGUACAUGGUACACCAUAAAAGCACAUGCGUUGGAUGCCAAUGGUAUUCCUGGCGAUGAUAAGAUAAAGGAACAAAUAACAAGACCCCAUGCUCCAGAAUCUGUGAGAGCAGUUCUUACUACUGACCCCAUGAGCACAUCUCUGGGGGUUUUUGUUACGUGGAAUGCCUCAGAAGGCACAACAAGUUACCUUGCUGUACCCAUUGAAAAAUCUCGGCAUGUAGUCCAGAACUGCACAUCACGAUCCACAUCCUGCAUCAUUUCCCCAGUCCCGUGUGGUACACAGUACAAUGUCACUGUAGUAGCCUAUAAUGAUGCCGGUCCAUCUGAUGCUGCAAAACCUACAGAGUUUACAAGCAUACCUUGCAGUCCAAGUGACAUUACAAUUCAGGAGGUUUACUCUGGUAACCUGACAGUAUCCUGGUCCCCAUCCCAGCUGACUGAUUCCUACACGGCGUUUGUGAAAAGAGAUGAUGGUCUCGAGGUUAUGUGCAACACUUCAUUGACAAGCUGUUCCUUCCAGUCCGAAUGUGGAUUCAUUUACUUUAUCAGCGUUUUCUCAUACAACAAAGUCGGGCAGAGUCUUCCGGGCAAUGUUUUAAAUUACACAACAGCACCUUGUUGUCCAACACAUGUUAAAGCUGUGUUUGUCUCAAGUGAUACUAUUGAGGUGAAGUGGAAUCCAGUUCGUGGAGCUGAAAUGUAUGAAACCAAGGCCCAGGAUGAGAUCUCGGCAGUAUUUUGCAAUGACACUUCCACAGUGUGUGCAUUGUCUGGAUUGAAAUGCAACACAAUCUACAACAUUACCAUAUAUUCUUACAGUGAUACCAGGGGAUUCAACUACUCAUGUCAGAAAAGAUCAAUCACCACAGGUCCAUGCAGUCCCCGCAUUCUAAAUAUUACAAAAGUGAGUCCAUCGACCAUUAAUGUGUCGUGGCAACAAAAUAAUCAUGAUGCUGUAUACAAGGUUUUUGCUUUUGGAAAAACUGGGGUCAGAUCCUGCAACAGCUCAGGAUCUUCUUGUGAAAUCAAUGAUCUCCCAUGUGGAGCUAUCUUCUCUGUCAGUGCAGUGGCCACAACUCCAGAAGGGAAGAGUUUACCCAGUUACAGUCAACCAUUAGAAACUGCCCCCUGCUGCCCAGACAGCUUCUCUGUCACACAGAUUACACUGUCAAUGACCAAUGUUAGCUGGACUGAAGCAAUUGGAGCACAGUCUUAUACUACAGUGCUGGAAUCAGCUAAAGGGCAGGCUAAAUGCCACACUGGAGAAAACCAUUGCCUUCUUGGAUGUAUAACUUGUAGUACCAAUUAUACAGUGUCUUUAAGUGCCAUUAGUGAAACUGGACUGAAAUCAGUGUGCAAUUACAAAGGAUAUUCAUCCAGUGGCUGCUGUCCAUCUGCAGUUAAACUCUACAGGUUAGGGAGCAAUGCAUUAAGGGUUUACUGGCAUGCAACAGCAGGUUCUGUGAACUACAUCGUAAAUGUUACCAGCAACAAUGCAAACUUCACCUGCUCUACAGUACUGUGGGAGACGUACUGUGACAUAACUGGGAUUUACUGCGGGGACAUUUAUAUGGUCACUGUUUCUCCUGUUUCCAAAGAUGGAUCAAUAGUCACAUUUUGUCCAAUGAAAAUGUAUUCAGUAUCCUGCUCGAUGAAUUCAGGUGCAAUGGUAAUUUAUCGAGGGAAGAGGAGCUUAUUUCAUAGCGAAGCUUAGGAAGGAUAAGGAUUAGAGAUCAAUAAAAUCAAUUUAUCCAAACUGAAGUCAAUGCGAAAUGAUGUUCUUCACUUACACUUUUCGAGAGAAAGCUGUGAAAAAUAAUGACAUGAUUAAUCUGAAAAUCACUUUGAAACACAUUGCUUCAAAUACUAGGAAUUAAGUACUGGGAACUAAUCUGUUGAUCUGAUAAUUAGCCAAUAUGUUUAAACAAACCCUUGCUUUUAAUCAAGAAACAGAUAACUUGAUAUAAUUAACCUUAACAAAAGACAUUCAUUACAUUAACCAUAUAUUUCUUAAAAUUAGCAUUGGUUCUGAUUAAGCUGGUGGAAACAAAAUUAGGACAAGGCGAAAACACUUUUCUGUACCUUGUUUAGAUAUCAUAUCAUCUGUUUAUCAUAUUUUUAUAAAUAAAGGAAGGCUGAAGGCUGAAUCAGGAAGGAAAUGUGAACAGUAAUCUUUAGAAUACUUCUUGUUGCGCUUGUGAUAUAAAAAAUAAAAGCAAAUACAGACGUUCCUCUUCAAUAUGUGCAGCAAUGAUUUAUCUAUGUCAUGAUACUGUGGAAAUAGUUAUAAAAUUCUUUUAUCCCUGUUAAAAAGUCAACUACAUCCAAAAGCACUUUGGUACAACAUCUAAUCAUUAUCA